AUGAAUGCCACAGUUCGAUUUGUGACGGGUACUCGGAAGUGGGACCACAUCACCCCUGACUACAAGAGGCUUAGGAUGUUACCUUAUCCUCUUAGAGUUGACUAUCUCACUCUUACUUCUCUGGCAACUAUCUUGCAAACUGGUCAGCCCGAGUACCUUACGAAUCGAUUUGAAUUUAGAUCUUGUGAUAGGCCUGGUACUAAGCGUGCCACAGACGUCGAUCUAAUUGUUCCACGUGCUAGACUGGAUUAUUUGCGCAACUCAUUUUUUGCCAUUCAUGCUGUAACAUUGAAAGAUAGUGUCAACUGUACCUUACGAGUUUGUGAAUUGAUUCUAAAAUUUAUAGGACUUUUACUUGAAAUUGGGAUUUUGAAACAAUGGAAGUACGGAGGAAAAGGCAAAAAAACAGAACCAAGUGACUCACGUGAUAGGAUGAAUCAGAAGUUUGACUCAACUAGUAAAUAUCUGCAAAAUGAGAAUUAUAAGAUAAGUUUAUAUACUCUUCUUAUGGAUUGUGUUGUUAAAAUAACGUCUCACUUGGGAUGUUCUUACUGUUCUGGUUGCUUAGAAAGUAUUCGAGGACCACAAGCUGAUUUUUGCCGAUCUCAAAUCCAAAUAAUUUUAAGUAAACUUCAAAAAGUAAGCUCUAAACAAUUUUCGAAUUUCUUUCGUCAGAUGGUCAGAGAGAGAUCUGUAACGAGUUGGGUUGACUUUUUUCAUUGUUAUGUUGGAUUUUGUAGAGAUUCAUGUUAUCUACAAUCACCUUUAAACCAAAAACGAGGUUCAAGUAAAUUCUCUGAUGCAACAACCCAAAGCUAUUACGCUACUAACUUUGGACUUGGACUUAUUGGAAGUAUAGCUCAUACAAAUAAUUCAGCAAUAGGAAGAACAAGUCACUGUAGUACUAACUCAGCCUGUCAGGAAACAAAUACAGUAAUCAGUCAUGUUACUACCACAAAUGAAAGACAUACUAACGUUGAAUCACAAAUAAUUGAAUGUGUAUUUAAGACGAUAGUCACUCGUUGUGUAGAAAUGUCUACAAAUUUAAAGUCUCAAAAUACUGUAUCGUUAUAUUGCGAUUUAAGACAGUUUAUAAACUAUGUAAAGGAGGCUCAUGGUAGUAUCUUUCGAAGAGUAGCACUUAGUUGUUUGCUGGACUCUGCAACUAAGCCUAACUCUAAAUCAGCCUAUGAAAUUCGAUCAACUAGAAUAAUAAGGCAUCUGUAUCCACUUGAUGUAAUAAAAGAAGGUAAUCAAAGAAUAGAUAGGCAAGAUAGAAUUGAUGAUAAAGAGGUCCAAAAAUGUGGGUUCAAAAAAAGAAGCACUUCGUCUACAUGUGCGUUGUCGGAGCUGGCUCUGCCAAUGGCUGGGUGGGCUGUGGGGCUUCAGAAGGCGUUGGUGGUGGGCCAGGCACAGGCAUUAAAUGUGGAGAGUGCUAUCUGGCGUGUUAAAAUUGCCUAG